AUGGACGUUUCUUUGGUGAAUGUUGCGAAGGCGUCACCUAGCGACUUAACGUCGUCGGCCUGCUUUUGCGAUGAGGCAUUAAGACCUGUUGUAAGUGACAUGACAAAGCUGAAAUGUUCUGACAGCGUGGAAGGCGGCCUGGGCAUCAAGCCGAAUAGCGAUGACACGGAGAUGUUAGAGAAGUAUGUACCCAGGAUGUCACAUAUCUCUUCGCCCAUUUUAGCGCUACCCGAGAAACCUCUGAAUCCGAGAGGUAUCACGCAAGGCAUUCCAUUCGGUCUACUGGGACAGGUAGAACAUUUGGACGCACAACCGACAGAGGUUACAUCAUGCGGCAAAUGGCCAACAAGAGAGUCGUUCAGGUAUGACUGA